GCUCUGGCACUCAGGGACUAGUGGCGGGUUGGGCACGCGAACGCCUCGGUAAUAAAGGGGGCGGGCUACCGGCGCGCGCCGGGGCCAAUCCAAGAUGGCCGUUCUAGCGGUGCACCUCCAGUCGGACGCCUUUUUGGUAGCCCUCAACCAUGCCCUGAGCACCGAAAAGGAGGAGGUCAUGGGACUAUGCCUCGGCGAGGUCGACACCACCAAGGUUGUUCACAUCCACUCUGUCAUCGUUCUGAGACGUUCAGAUAAGAGGAAGGAUCGGGUGGAGAUUUCUCCCGAACAGCUUUCUGCUGCUUCUCUGGAAGCAGAAAGAUUGGCUGAGCUGACUGGUCGCCCCAUGCGAGUUGUGGGCUGGUAUCAUUCUCAUCCCCACAUAACUGUGUGGCCAUCGCAUGUUGAUAUUCGCACCCAAGCCAUGUACCAGAUGAUGGAUGAGAGCUUCGUGGGACUUAUUUUCUCCUGUUUUGUUGAAGACAAAAACACCAAGACUGGCCGUAUACUCUAUACUUGCUUCCAGUCCAUUCAGGCCCAGAAGAGCUCAGAAUAUGAGAGAGUUGAUAUCCCGCUCCACGUUGUGCCUCAAGACACCAUGGGAAAAGCGUCCCUUGAGGCAGCCAUUGAAUUGCCCAAGAUUCUGUGCCAGGAGGAACAAGAUGCCUACAGGAGGAUCCACAG